GCUCUGCUACCUCGGUCUGUCAGGGCGGUGAUCUCUCUCCCUCUCUCUCACACACAGUGCUUCUGUGUGUCUCUCUAUCUCUCUCUCUCUCUCUGGGAAAAACCCGAGCAGGAGGAGAGCAGCAGAAGGGGGGAGGAGGAGGUCUCCUUCUUCUUCUUCUUCUUCCGAUACAGCGGCGGCAGCAGGAUAUUUAGAAAAAUAAAUCAAAAAACCCACGCACCAAACCCCCCGGUGCGGAGCGGCAGAGGAAGAAAAAAAAACACACGGAUGUGCCUCCGAAAGCGCAGCGGAUACCGCCCUCCGGACCUUAUUAAUGCCAAGAUUGAGAGGUCCGAGGCAGAAGGGGGGAUGACAUGCAUGUGUCCGGCCUGCUAACAUCGCUGACGACUCGCACACUAACCGACUGCCCGCCCUCACGAUAUGACGGACGUACUGUACACAGGUCCGAUCCCGGCCGAGCGAGAGGGCGAGCUGGCCAUGGGGGGAGGUCGCAGCGAGACCUCGGCACUGAGCGGGACGGGAGGGGGGCGAGACGUGACCACGACCCAGAAUUCCCAACGGCCCAACGCCUGCUGUUUCUGCUGGUGCUGCUGUUGCAGCUGCUCAUGUCUCACUUUCAGGAAUGAAGAGGAGAGGAGGAAGAGGAGGAGGAAGAGAAUAUCACAAGACACCAAGAUGGAAACCAUACCAAACUGUGAAGCUUGCACCAAACCCUCAGUGGAAGAGAUCCGGCUCUGGUCUCAGUCCUUUGACAAGCUGAUGAGGAACCCGGCGGGUCGAAAUGUUUUCCGGGAGUUUUUGCGGACAGAGUACAGUGAAGAGAACAUGCUGUUCUGGCUGGCCUGCGAAGACCUCAAAAAGGAAAUCAACAAGGGCACCAUCGAGGAGAAGGCACGCUCCAUCUACGAGGACUACAUUUCCAUACUGUCGCCAAAAGAGGUGAGUCUGGAUGCCCGGGUACGAGAGGUGAUCAACAGGAAGAUGCAGGAACCGGCGCCUCACACGUUUGAAGACGCCCAGCUGCAGAUCUACACGUUGAUGCACAGGGACUCCUACCCACGAUUCCUCUCCUCCAGCAUCUACAAGUCGCUCAUUCACGGCGGCUCGCGCACCUCCUCGGAAUCCUAGUCCCACACAUGGCCUCCACCACCUCCUCCUCCUCCUCCUCCUCCUCUGAUCCUGUACUUACAGGAUUGAAUGCCAGACCAUUUCAUAACUUCUUCCGUACUCUCGUUCAAGUCCAAAACUUCUAAAAAAAAAAUGAUCACAGACUCCUCCCGGGACUCCUCAGUUCACCUCUCUUUUCCAAAUCCCAAAUCUCUCCAAUUACUGCCAAGACUUUCUUCUCAUUUCUCUGCUACAUCCUAAACCUUUAGUAACGUUGCCAAGACCUCCACUCUUCUUCUUUUGUUUCCUCUUUUUGCCUCUUCACUCCAGUUGACUCCUCUUUUGUGACUCUCUCUUUCAUGACAUUGUUUCCAUAGUUACCUCUGGCAAGUGUCUUGAAAGGCCUUUCAAAAUAAGAAAAUGAGUUACAACAUAAAAUAACAUGAGUGAGUGUUAAAACUAUAAAAAAGAUUUGUCUGGCAAUAAUUGUGAAAAAGUGAAUUCAAUUAGAAAACAAUGUUGGGACAAGGCGUUAUUUUUUUUGUAAUUUGGACAAAAUAUUGAAAAUUAAAAUUUUACCAGUUUAUACCCAUAAUUUUUUUUAACUCCAGAUUUUUUAUUAAUCAGGAUGAGAAAAAGCAUCUGAAACAUUUAUAUUUUUUACAAUUUUUUUGUGUUAACAGAACCUCAAUUUUGAAAGUCAUGACCUAGUGAUUCAUAGAUUUUAUUUUGUAAAGACCAAUAUUGAUGCAUUUGUGAACAGAACCCGACCAUUGCUGAAUUUUUAAAAGGCCAAUAUCAUUUCCUGAGAGUUGAAUAAAUUCAAUGAUAACGUAUGGACAGAUACUUGAUUUGAUUAUAAUUCAAGGUGCACUUACUAGCUUAUUCUAGGUCUUUCAACCUCAUCUUACAGUCUUCUUCAGUGGAACAGUUUUCUGCACAAACUGUCGAUCUAUUCACUGAGGAAGACUGUGAGAUGAAGUUUAAAGCUUCAGAAAAAGUGUGUGAACUGGUUUUUAAAAAUCAGAUAACGACAUACCUGCCAAUAUCUUUUUUUUAACAUUAACACAAAAUAUUAAACAUUUUUGCUAAGAAUCUCAAGAUUUUACUGUUGGGAAAAAUUGACAUGUUUCAUAAUAACCCCUUACAUAUCUUUGACUUUUCUGUGCUGACGUUUUUUGUUACUUAUCAACUGAUACCAACAU